AUGGCAAGUAUUGAAGUAGAAGAACAAAAGAGAUGGGAAGGCACAACCAAAUCCAAAAUAAAUGGGGUCAGUAAGGAUCGUGUAUGGCCUUUCCUAGCGGACUUCUUCAAUUGGCAAACAAUAUUUCUUGCCAUAGAGAGUUCUGUAGGAGUGGAGGGAAUUUCAGGAGAGAUAGGCUGUGUGAGGAAAGUGGUCCUCAAACCUGAAGCAAGCCUUGGCUGGGAGGCUAAAUAUAGUAGAUGGGGUUUUGAAAAACUUGUGGAAAUAGAUCACGCUCGCAAAUGGAUGAGGUAUGAGGUUCUUGAUAAUACAUUUGGGUGGAAUAAUUAUGAGGCUACAAUAACUCUUUUACCUCUCCAAGGGAAUUCCGAAGGUUCUGAACUUGUUUGGUCGUUUUCGCUUGAUCCGGUAGAAGAUGGAAGGUCACUAGAUACUAUGAUUGCUGCUUAUAAAGCAAACCUUGAAUCUGUUUCUGCGCGUGUGGAGCAAUUGUUUGGGAUUUCCAAAUAA